AUGGGGGGCAAGACUGCGAACAAGGCCGGCUACUUCGACAAGCUCAAGGGCUUGCUCGAGGAGUACAAGUCCAUCUUCAUCGUCGAGAUUGACAAUGUCUCGUCUCAGCAGAUGCACGAGAUUCGUCACUCCCUCCGCGGCAAGGGUGUUGUCCUGAUGGGCAAGAACACUAUGGUUCGCCGUGCCCUCAAGGGUUUCAUCAACGACACCCCCGAGUACGAGCGUCUCCUGCCCUUCGUCAAGGGCAACGUUGGCUUCGUCUUCACCAACGGCGACCUCAAGGAGACCCGUGACCUCGUCCUCGCCAACCGCGUCGCCGCGCCCGCCCGUGCCGGUGCCCUGGCCCCCAUCGAUGUCUGGGUGCCCGCUGGCAACACCGGCAUGGAGCCCGGCAAGACCUCCUUCUUCCAGGCCCUCAGCGUGCCCACCAAGAUCGCCCGUGGUACCAUUGAAAUCACCACCGACCUCAAGCUCGUCGAGAAGGGCGCCAAGGUCGGCCCCUCCGAGGCGACCCUGCUCAACAUGCUCAACAUCUCGCCCUUCACCUUCGGCAUGGGCGUCGCGCAGGUCUACGACGAGGGCCAGUGCUUCGACCCCAGCGUGCUCGACAUUGGCGAGGAGCAGCUCCUCAAGACGCUGACCAGCUGCAUCAGCGCCGUCGCGUGCAUCUCGCUGGCCAUCAGCUUCCCCACCCUGCCCUCGGUCAUGCACUCGGUCGUCAACUCGUACAAGAACGUCCUCGCCGUCGCCAUCGAGACUGACUUCUCCUGGCCCGAGAUCGAGGAGCUCAAGGACCGCAUCGCCAACCCCGACGCCUACGCCUCGGCCGCUCCCGUUGCCGCGGCUGCUGCUUCUGGUGGCGCCGAGGCCCCCAAGGCCGCUGCGAAGGAGGAGUCCGAGGCUGAGGACUCUGACGGCUCCUUCGGUGGUCUCUUCGACUAA